AUGUUGGGAGAUUACGAUAUAACGGAGGAAGACAUGUUAAUCGAUGAAGCUCAAGGCUACCCUAUAGCUUACGCAAAGAUCUGCCGCGAUUUCAACACUUUUCCGUACAGAAAUGGACCUCCUUUCACCUUCAUACCCUACAUUCUCCAGCAGAACGAGAGUUCAAGAAGCAGAGAAGUAGAUCAGAUGUUCCCUGUAAUUGAUCCAAAAGCAAGACCUACUACAAAACCAAAGAUCUUUUUAAGUCUUCUCUGGAAACAACUCAAUCAUUUAGGAAAUGCUGGGUUUGAUCCAGCUGUAAUCCGGAUAGAUCCAUAUGGGAAUGUACUCUACUUCCACGCUGAUUCAGCUUCUCCUCUUGCUUGGGGUUUUGAUCAUUGGUUCCCUUGCUCAAGAGGAGGUUUAACAGUACCAAGCAACCUAAGGAUAGUGCAGUGGCAAGCACGCAAGAACAAGAAGGACAAACUUGAGUUCCUUGUACCAUGGUGGGAUCUUCAAGUUGGCAUCUCAGUGAACCAGUUCCUCUCUAUCUUUGCCGCUUCAAGUUCUGAUUUCAAGAAGAGAGCGUUUUCAUUCUUGUUCAAAGAAGGUGAAAGCGAGGAGCUUAACGGCUCACAAACAGUUGACUCAUAUCGUUUCCCAAACCAUUUUAUGGAAUCAAAAGACAAGUGUGGUCUUGCUUCAGCUGCAGUUGUUGUCUCUAGGAGAGAGCCUUAUGACCCUUCAUUAGUAUUGAGAUCACUUGAUUACAAUCGUCAACAAACACCUGCGAGGAAGAUGAAGGAGACGCCAGAUUUGAUGAAGAAUCCUUAUCAAGCCAUUGUUGCUGCUAGGGAUUCACUGAGAAACCGAGAGGAAGCGCAGAGUAUGAGAGUUGAGAUGAAGAAGUUAGAUGAUGAAAUGAAUGAUUUGAAGAGUAAGAACAGUGAAGAGCAGGUUAGUAUUCAGGAGCUUGAGAGUGAGCUGAUUAAGCGGAGAAGAAGAGCUGAGAAGUGCAGGAGAUUAGCAGAAGCUCAAUGCUCUUAUAGGAAUACACUUGAGAAGAUGAUCAGGGAUGCUAUGCACCAGAGUGUUGUGUAUAAAGAACAAGUGAGGUUAAACCAGGCUGCAAGUAGUGCACUGAUGGCGAGGUUAGAGGCGCAAAAGGCGAUAUGUGAUGGUUCAGAGAAAGAGCUUCACAAGAAGUUUAAAGAAAGAGAGGAGCUGGAGAGUCAAGUGAGGCCUGAACUGGAGAAAGCAAGGAAAAGAUCAAGAGUUUUGCUGAAUGAUGAAGAUGACUUGUUGCUGCUAGAGGAUAGAGACAGCAAGUUGUCUUUGUAUCUGCCUGGAACUAGUGAAGAUACAUCAUUACAAAAGGAGUUAAGAGUGGACCUUGAAGAAGAACACAAAGCAGUAGCAGCUUCUGAGGUUGAAACUCAGAAGCAUGGGGAAAUAGAGGAAGUGGAAGAGGUUCCUGAGAAAUCUCUUGUUGCAUUAGAAAAGCUAGAAGAUGGGAAGAGAAGCAGCAGAAGCUUUAGAGCAUUACCUGUAUUCAAUGAACCAGAGAUAGAGGAAGAUGAAGAAAGCAGGAGAGAGCGAGGGAAAGGAAACGUUGAGAAAUGGCUCCAUGUUCUACUUGAAAACAACAGUAAAGACAAUCCACAAGACCUACAAGCUGAUGAAAGAAGCAAAAAGAUUGAUGAAAUGAUAGAGAAACUAGACCACAAGUUCCCUCUACUUGAAAAGGUUAAUGAAGAAGAAGAUCUGGACUUGCAGGAGGAGGCAAAGAAGGUGGAAACAAGAGCUGAAAGCAGCUCACGUAGGAGCAGAGCUAGUUUUGAUUUGAAGAACACACCAGAGAAGAGUGGGAGAGAUAAAGUGGUGAAGAGAUCAGAGAGUGCUAGAGCUUUCAGAAGAAUCCCAUCAUCUCCUUCACUCUUCUUUGGAAUGAAAAAGGACUGCGUCAAGAAGAAGCCUGUGGUUUCAGGUCAAGACGAUGAGAAGGAGUAUCUUGUCAAGAACAACUUCAUCAAGUCAUCUUUCCAAACUAUCAAACGAGUUGUCAAAUUCUAG